AUGGCUGAGUCCGAGUCCAGCGAGCCAGAUGAGCCACGCACCCUGACUGUGGUUGGGAUGAGCGGUGAGACCCUCCUUGAUGCCGUGGAGGUCUCAUCCCUUGCUGAGCUUCAGGAGCUGGUCUCUGCCAGGAUGACCACCGAGCCUGGCAAGUCAAGUUCAGGACUUCGGUUCCUGACCUCGGAUGGCCAACCCUUUACGUCACUUGAUGCACCGGGCAGCAGCACGAUCACAGCUGUGGCUGUUUCCCUCAGCCCCGUUUUGCAGAUGCUUCGCUUGCAGGAUGCCACGGGGAACCUGGUGAAUCCCACAGUGCCGCAGGAACAACAGGAAGAGAUCGCAGUCAAGGUUGCACGACAACUGACAAGCACAGCAUGCUGGUUCGGCGGGCCUGGACACUUAGAAGGCUAUCCGCGCAUUCCCUGGACCUUUGAUGACGUGAUGGCCCCUCCACCUGCGUUCAGCCGCAAGGGCCGCGGACGCAUGGACGACAAGAUGGCAAUUGAGGUCACGCCGGGUACUCCUGUGGUCCAUGCCGGGGCAUCUGUGGUCUUCAGCUUGGUGGAAGGAUCUUUGGUGCCCAUGACAUUGGAGGAUUUCACGACAGAGAAGCACCUGACCGUGAAGGACAUCAUGGAGCUUCGCAGGAAGCAUGGACAUGCAUGUCAUGAGAAAAGGCGCGAGCUGCUGGCGACACAGCCGGACAAAGACGAAGUGCACCCAUCGAUUCGUGUGAAAGAGUAUGGACUGGAUCGGGUGCACCUGGAGCUGGGCUACAGCCUUCACUGCGAGGAAGUGCUACCGGUGAUGUUGCGCCCCAGUAUGUACAGCCGCGCAUGGGUAAAGCACACGCCGACUGUGACUCACAUCACCCAUGCCUCGGCAAUCAUCGACAAUGUGACGUGGGAGGGUGACCUCAAGAAGCAGCUGGAUCUUAACCAACAGGAGAUCUUCCUGGACACAGGCGAGAAGCGCAACGCAACGGAAAUUAUGCAUGCUUACCUCGGCACGGGCCUGGAGGUUUUGGCUGACAAAGGCGGCCGCGAGGAGUUCCGCUGCGACAUUAUCGAGACCCCGACCAUCAAUGAUGGGGUCUGCGAAGUGUCCGCGGGCACUCCGGCAGGUUACUACAACUUUACGUAUGUCUUGCGAAACGACGGUGUCAGCGACAUCGGCUUCGGCCGGUCGGCUUGGGAGGUGCAGCCCCUUCCGUUCGUGAACAUGGAGGGCCGAGAAUAUGCCGUUGAGGUUUUUCCGACCCUGCACACUCUCAUGGUGCAACAGGUGGGCCGCCUUGGCGGCGCGCCUGUGCGACUAGAGGCGGGGUAA